AUUAGAAAACAUAUGGAAUCCAAAUUUUUUCGGUUUCUCAAAAUUGUGGGAGUUGGAUUCAAAGCUAGAACCGAAGCAGAAGGCCGUCAGCUUUUCCUAAAACUAGGUUACAGCCACAAGGUGGAGUUUGCUAUCCCUCCUACUGUCCUAGUGUUCUGCUUCAAACCCAACACAGUUUGCUGCACUGGAUUAGACAAACACAGGGCGUACUACUUUGCUGCUGUUGUUCAUAGCUGCAAGCCUCCCGAGGUCUACAAGGGCAAGGGUAUAAUGUACAUUGAUGAAGUUGUUAAAAAGAAGCCAUGGAAGAAAUCAAAAUGA